CCUCCGACACCCAGGGAGCCCCUGACGUGUCGGGGAGGAGCCCGGUGCGGGGGUGCGCGGAGUGGAGCUCAGGGCUGCGGAAGAGAGCAGAGCUGAACGGCUGGGCGGGCCUGGCCAGGCCAGCGGAGCGGAGACGUCGGCCGAGCGGCGGCGAACAUGCGCUUUUGACACGUUGGCGGCUUUCUUGAUCAUGGAUGGUGAAGAUAUACCAGAUUUUUCAAGUUUAAAGGAAGAAACUGCUUAUUGGAAGGAACUUUCCUUGAAGUAUAAGCAAAGCUUCCAGGAAGCUCGGGAUGAGCUAGUUGAAUUCCAGGAAGGAAGCAGAGAAUUAGAAGCAGAGUUGGAGGCACAGUUAGUACAGGCUGAACAAAGAAAUAGAGACCUGCAAGCUGAUAACCAAAGACUGAAGUAUGAAGUGGAGGCGUUAAAGGAGAAACUAGAGCAUCAGUAUGCACAGAGCUACAAGCAGGUCUCAGUGUUAGAAGAUGACUUAAGUCAGACCCGGGCCAUUAAGGAGCAGCUUCAUAAGUAUGUGAGAGAGCUGGAGCAGGCCAAUGAUGACCUGGAGCGAGCGAAAAGGGCAACAAUAGUUUCAUUGGAAGACUUUGAACAAAGGCUAAAUCAGGCCAUUGAACGAAAUGCGUUUUUAGAAAGUGAACUUGAUGAAAAGGAGUCUUUGUUGGUCUCAGUACAAAGGUUAAAGGAUGAAGCAAGAGAUUUAAGACAAGAGCUAGCAGUUCGGGAACGACAACAAGAAGUUACCCGGAAGUCUGCCCCCAGCUCCCCCACCCUGGACUGUGAGAAGACGGACUCUGCUGUCCAAGCGUCACUCUCCCUGCCUGCAACGCCUGUCGGCAAAGGAACAGAAAACAGUUUUCCUUCACCAAAGGCUAUACCAAAUGGUUUUGGAACCAGUCCACUAACUCCUUCUGCUAGGAUAUCAGCACUAAACAUCGUGGGAGAUCUCUUGCGGAAAGUAGGGGCUUUAGAAUCCAAAUUAGCAGCUUGCAGGAACUUCGCAAAAGACCAAGCAUCACGCAAACCCUAUAUCCCAGGGAGCGUUAACUGUGGGGUGAUGAAUAGCAAUGGCCCAGAAUGCCCGAGGUCAGGGCGUGCAACCUUCUUCCAUAAAGGGCAAGAAAAAGUCAUAUUUCCCACGUUGUUCAUGGGGCGGUAAACGGCUUCGAUCCAGCUCCUCCCCCUCCUGGGCUGGGCUCCUCGCGGCCAUCCUCAGCACCCGGUAUGCUGCCUCUCAGUGUGUGAGUGCCCAGCCUCCAGGUGGGGCCCCUACCCUCUUCCAGCAGCCCAGGACACCUACGCCUCGUCCCUUGGUACCUGGGUCCAGCCCUGUGCCCCUGUCUGCCUCUCCACCGCUGGCAGAGGGCAGGCUGCAUGCAGUGGCGGCUGCUGGGCCCUGCCCAGCCCCAGGACUCUGCGCGAUAUCAAUACUGGCUAUUUUCUCUCUUGCCGUAGUGCCGUUGGUUUCACAUGAUUGCACUUUUGUGGGUCACAAGUGAUACAUACAUGUAUUACUCGAUCACUGGAUGUGGAAGUACCCGUUCAUCACAUCUGCCUCAUAGCCCCAUUUUGCUGUGCUGAUAGGAUUUAGUUGUGUUUAGGACAUUGCAGAUCUUCUAGAAGUUCUCCUCAAUCAGGUUGACAAGACCCUUCUAAGCUCCCAGCCAAGCAUCUUUAGUGCUCACAAUCAUGUGUCCCCCAAUCUCACCCUACAGUUCAGACCAUUCUGUACCUUCUGACUUUCUGUAAGCAGCCCAUUUCAAAUAGGCUUUCUCUCAAAGCAGCAAGAUGCAGGAGGCAGGGGCAUCUGGGACCUGGGCACUCCAGGGCUGAGCCUCUGUGUGCCUCAGACUCAGGAAGCAGGUGGCAACCUUCUCGCCAGCUUUCCGAUCCCUCAGUUCAGUGACAUCUCUUAGAGCAUUUUGUUUUCUCUUCUGAAGGGUCCGUCCAGUUGCAUUGGGAAGGGUUGAGGGGCCUGAUUCUGGGGCUGGUUGGUGCCAGCAAUUGGGGGCAGACUGGCCAGAAGUGUUUGUCCCUUGCACCCUUUGGUUAUUCUCAUGCUGCACUUACUGUUUACAUUUGUUUUAUUGUACAUAGGUUUGUAAACAUUACUGCCUAAGAUAUUUGUAUAUAACUUGGGCUUUGUAGCUUUUAUUUAUUCAGACUCAUAUGGCAUGUUAAUUAAUGACUUACGAUGGUGUCCUACUGUGGGCAGCUGUAUAGUAUCAUCAUGUGGUUAAAAGAAGAUACUUCCCUCCAAAAAAAUUCUUUUAAUGUGUAAACAAUAAAUUUCACAGAAAAAAAGGCCAAGAUUUCUUUAUUUGGUUCUUGCUGUCCUGUGAGAAAAGAGCAUACAAAGGCAGUUCAGUGUCUCUUCUUCCUCAUGGGAUGAGAAGAUUGCGGCCACAGGAGAUGCCUUGCUCGUGCGCAUUUCUAGUAGUGUCCAUUUCCAGGGGUAGCUUGGGAGUGGCCCGGACCCCACAGGAUAGCAGAGAGGACAGAACAGGGCAUGGAGUACCUACCUGGGCCCAGGAGCUCGUCCCGUUGUACUGCGUACAACAGUGUGUGCCACAAGUGCUGGGAGUAGAGAAACUUCACGGACGUGGGCUUCUCGCACACUUCCUUCCGUGGGAGAAAAGUUCCAGGUGCCGUGUUGAGGAAACUGCAAAAUGGGGCAGUGUGCAUUGUUUCCUGAGCCUGCCUGCUUACAACAGCGUAAACAUAGGAACUUCAUAGCUUAACACCACAAGUGUGCUGAUGGAGGCAGGUGAAUCUGAGUUCGGUUGGAGGCCAGCCUGGUGUACAUAGCCCCAGGAUAGCCAGAACUACAUAGAGACCCUGUCUCCACCCCCACCUCAAAAAACAAAACCAAACAAUAGCAAAAAACCCUAGGCGAAUAGAAGUUAAGGGCGUCAGAUCCCUAAGUGAACAGGAACCAUUUUAAGUAAGAUGAGCCUUCAAACUUACUCUGUUAAUAAAUGACAAGAAGUCUGUUGUUGGAGAUUUUGCCAUAAGCUGACAUCAAGAGGCACCUGCGGUUGUGUGUGAAUGGUGGAAACGGUCUGUACUGUCUCCAGUUGCUCUGAGUGGUGGAAGAUGUCUCUCCCAUCUCACUGAUUGCCCUGAGUGGCGGAAAACGGUCUGUACAGCCUUCAGCUUCUUGCUACACUGCUUUUGGAAGGAUUGGAUUAGGUCAGAGGUUGAACAGUUAGACCUUUGUGGACGCAAGGGUGAAGCUAAGUCCUCAUCUCUGGCUCCCAGGGAUUUCUCAGAUGUUCUGAGGCUUUGUACCCUUGGGCUUAUCUAGACUGCUCUAUUGCUGUUCUCACGGGGAUGGCAUACUACGCUGCUUCUGCUCCAGUAUGUUAUAUGUCCUGGCUCCUGAUGGGGAGCCCUCUUCCCAUGACCCCAUGAGGACACUGGCUGAUCGUCCUUAGUGCCCUCCAAAAUGAAUGCUUCGGAUACUUUGUCCUUGCUGGCCUAAGUUUGACUCUCCAGAAGCAGUGGUUCUCAACCUUCCUAACGCUGUGACCCUUUAAUAGUUUCUCAUAUUGUGGUUACCCCAACUCUAAAAUUAUUUUCAUUGCUACUUCAUAACUAUAAUUUUGUUACUUGUUAUGAAUCGUAACAUAAAUAUCCGAUAUUUGACCUCAAGGGAUUGCAACCCACAGGUUGAGGACCACUGCUCUACAGGUUGCCCAGAGUCCCUGCUUUCCUUGUGGCCCAGCCAUUGUUGAGUAAUCAGGGUUGGGAAAUCCCUGAGCUGGGUCUGUGGCAGCUUUCCCUUUUGAAGUGCUGAUCUUGCCUCCCCAAAUGUCCACUUCUUGGCUCAGAGCCUGAAACCUAAUGUGUGAGGCCAGGGGACUGCGUAAAUGAGCACAGGGUAGCCACUCCCAGACCCCCGUUUGUAGAAGGGACAGCCCAGAGCAAGGCCAGGAUCGGAAAUGGGGCCAUUUUCUUUGUCUACUGUGCUCUCUUCCCAAACUGGAGGCCUCGCAACUCACUGUGUAGUAUGGACCUGGGCGUUCCUCUUGCCUCAGCCUCCUGAGCUCUGAAAUUUAUGUAUGUGCCUGGCUUAAAAAGGCAAACGUAAAAACAAAGAACAGAUUUGUUAGUGCUGUGUUGGGGACCAGAUGGGAUUU